AUGGCGACUUCUGCAAAAGAUAGCAGGAAAGAUCCCAUUGAGACUCAGACUCGGCCGGUGGAUGUUGAAGCAUGGGAGGGAGAGAAUCCGGUCAAACCAGCGCCUGUGCCUAAUCAGAAGGAAUUGACUCCAAAUGAAGCGUUCAAGUGGAAUGUCGAUGGCGAUCAGUCGCCUUUUCCCGAGGUGGCAGCAUGUGUCUCCAACACUGAUGAUCCUAACAUGGCUUGUAGCACCUUCCGAUCAUGGACUCUUACGACCAUAUUUGUAAUGCUGUUUGCUGCUGUCAACCAGUUCUUCGGUCUGCGAUAUCCUUCUCUUAGUAUCGGAUACGUCGUCGCUCAAUUACUGGUAUAUCCUAUCGGUCGAGCAUGGGAGAAGCUUCCUCGAUGGAGGGUUCCGCUGGGGAAGUUUUCCUUCGAUAUCAACCCAGGGAAGUUUACCGUCAAGGAGCAUGCAUUGAUUGUGAUUUGCGUCAACAUCAGCGCCAGCGCGGCCUAUGCCAUGGGCUCAUUGGUCGCCAUCACCAGCCCCGUCUACUGGGACCGAGACUACGGAGCAGGAUUCUCCUUCCUCUACCUCCUAACCACCCAAAUGCUAGGCUUUGGUUUCGCCGGACUUGCUCGUCGAUGGCUGGUCUAUCCCGCAGCCCUGAUCUGGCCUUCGUCUCUGUCGUCAACAGUCCUCUUUCGAGCCCUGCACGAGCCGAAACAGGACAACUCGCCCGCGAAUGGUUGGUCCAUGACGAGAUAUCGCUUUUUUGGCUACUUCACGCUCUUCGCGUUUGUCAUUUUCUGGUUCCCGGACUAUAUCUGGACGAGUCUGAGCACGUUCGCGUUCAUCACCUGGAUCUGGCCUCACAACCAGAAAGUGAAUACGAUCUUCGGGAUGAACUCAGGCUUAGGAUUGCUACCGAUUAGUUUCGACUGGACGCAGAUUACCUACGCCGGCUCACCGGGGUCACCCCUGACGACGCCGUUCUACAUCACCUGCAACGCAUAUGCAGUGGUAGCCCUAUUCUACCUCCUCCUCUCGCCCAUCCUAUACUAUACCAACGUCUGGAACAGCGGAUACCUCCCGCUCCUCUCGUCAAGUACCUUCGACAACACAGGCUCAACGUACAACAUCACCCGCGUUGUCGACGAGAACCUCAACUUCGUCCAGAGCAAAUACGAAGCCUACUCGCCAAUGUACAUUUCCAUGUCCUACUCCUUGACCUACGGGCUCUCCUUCGCCGCUGUCACCGCCAUGGUCGUGCACACGUAUCUCUACAACGGGCGCGAGAUCUGGGCUAAGUUCAAGAACUCCCGGGCCGGAGGCGAAGAUAUCCAUCGUCGUCUGAUGCACUCAUACCCCGAGGUCCCAGAUUGGUGGUACGGCGCGCUGACCGUGGUUAUCGUGGGACUUGGUAUCUUUACCGUACGGUACUGGGACUCCGGGUUGCCGGUUUGGGGGUUUAUCGUCGUGUGCUGUGGGAUGGGUGUGGCUCUUAUUAUUCCCGAGGGGAUUCUGGAGGGAACGACGAACCAGCGUAUCUUUUUGAACAUCAUCACUGAGUUGAUUGCAGGUUAUGCGUGGCCAGGGAAACCCAUUGCUAACAUGAUGGUGAAGUGCUAUGGGUAUAACUCGGUGAAGCAUGGGAUGGACUUUGCGCAGGAUUUGAAAUUGGGGCAGUAUAUGAAGAUCCCGCCGCGGGUGCUGUUUGUUGGUCAGGUCUAUUCAAGUGUUCUCGCGACGAUGACGCAGACUGGUGUCCUCCGCUGGAUGAUGGGCCACAUCUCCGACCUCUGCUCCCCAUCCAACACCCAACGCUUCACCUGCAACGGCUCCAAAGUCGUCUACAACGCCUCCAUGAUCUGGGGCACCAUCGGACCCCAGCGGAUGUUCCAAGGCGGCCAGGUUUACAAUGCCCUGAUGUACUUUUUCAUCAUCGGCCCUGUGGUAACUGUCCUGGUUUGGUUGGUGUAUCGGCGCCAUCCGAACAGCUGGAUUAAGUGGGUUAAUGUGCCGAUUUUCUUUAAUGCGGCGGGGAAUAUCCCGCCGGCGAAUACGACGCAGUACUCGCUUUGGUUUAUUUUUGGGUUUUUGUUUAAUUAUUUGAUUCGGAAGAAGGCGUUUCAGUGGUGGACGAGGUAUAAUUACCUCCUGCAAGCAGCAAUGGAUACCGGUACCGCGCUCGCAACGAUCAUCAUCUUCUUCGCCCUGAGCUAUCACAAGGUCGAGUUUAACUGGUGGGGAAAUACUGUGGGCUCGAACACAGAUGAUGCCAACUCCGUCCCUUGGCUGAAGGUCCCCACAGGAGGAUAUUUCGGGAAGGGUCCUGGCGAGUUUCAUUGAGCAGAUAGAUUUACCCCGUAGUGCUUAUGACUUGUCAGACAGAAAGUGAAUUGCAGAUCUUCAAACACGUUAGCUAUUGAUAAAUAUAAAAUCGAGCAUGUUGUAUAUACAGGUCCCAGUUGGCCUUCUAAAACGUGCCAGAAUGAACCCAACACAGCAAUAAAACGUACAUCCAUCAUGCCUCC